AAUAUCGGAUCAGUUUCUUUCUUUUCUUUGUUUUUUUUCAAAUCUGGGGUAGUUAAUAAACUCUGCAUUUUAGGCCAUGAAUUAUUUUUUAUUCUUUCCUCUUUUUUUGUGGCACAGAAUUUGAAUGACCGAUGUAUCUUUGCAGGUGGAAUUUUAAGAGGUUCUAGAAGAGAGAGAUUAUUAAGUAAAUUUGUUGAAAAUGAAUGUGAGAAGAUAGACAGGCUGAUGGAACUAUACAUGAGAUAUUCUGAUAGAGUCAAAGCAGAAACUGAACGAAUGGAACAGAUUCAACUUGAUGACUUUGAGAUGGAUGAAGAUGAGAAAUACAACCGUAAACUAGAAUCUGGACUUUAUACUCUUCAGUUGAUUGCAGUCAUUCUUGGUCAUCUUUGGUGCUCUGAACAUCCACAAAUGAGAUCGAGAAUUGAACUACUUCUCAAGCAGAACAGACUGGGUAAAAAUGAUAUAAAGGAUAUACUUCAGGAAUAUCACGACAAUAUUGGUGAUCUUGAUGGACCAGAAGAGAAGGAACGAGCUCAGGCAAAAAUUCAGAAGUUCAUCUCGGCCUUAUAACUGCUGUGACUUGUAAAGCUCUUAGGUUUCAGCAGGGCGUGUACUGUGAUAAAUCUGUCACAUGUCAAGAAGCAUGCUUAGAUUAAACAUGGAGAUGGUAAUGGAGAAAGAACUCUGGUUUGCAAAUGUCUUAUGUUGUUGAGCUCAGAUUCAUGUAGCUGCAUUGUUUCUCUUGUUGAAAAAAUUACGAUGACAGUAACUUACCUUCCUCCGGAAUCUAUCUUAUAUAGCUCUCAAGCUUCUCCGUCUUAAGGCUACUGAUUUAUCAGUUAUUUUCUAGGAUUAGUGACUGGUCUAAAUUUUUCAAUAA